AACAAAAAAAAAAAAGAAAAUUGAUCAAAAUUGACAAUGUUGAAGAUGAAUUUGCAUAUUGAAUAGUACAAAAUUAAAGAUGGCGGCACCGGGCGCCGGAAUGAUGGAAGGAGGAGUACCAACGGCACAACCACCGGGAACCGACAUGACCGGUAUAUGCUUCAGAGAUCAAUUAUGGCUAAACAGUUACCCACUCGAUCGUAACCUCGUUUUCGAUUACUUCGCUUUAUCACCUUUCUACGAUUGGACUUCAAACAACGAACAACUCCGAAUGCGAUCUCUUCACCCUCUCGAUCUCUCUCAACUCUCGAAAAUGACGGGAACAGAGUAUGUGUUGAGUGAAGUUAUGGAACCUCACCUUUUCAUUAUGAGGAAGCAGAAAAGGGAUAGUCCUGAUAAAGUUACGCCAAUGCUUGCUUAUUACAUUUUGGAUGGUUCAAUUUAUCAAGCUCCACAGUUAUCCAAUGUUUUUGCUGCUAGAAUUGGAAGAGCACUUUAUUAUAUACAAAAGGCUUUUACUACAGCUGCAUCUAAGCUGGAGAAGAUAGGAUAUGCUGGGUCAGUUGAUUCUGAAAACGAUACUACAUUGCCGGAACCAAAGGCGGCUAGUAAAGAGACAGUUGACAUAAAAGAACUUAAGCGGGUGGAUCAUAUUCUUGCAUCCUUGCAACACAAGCUUCCGCCAGCUCCACCUCCACCACCAUUUCCAGAAGGGUAUGUUCCACCUUCAACAGCAGAAACUGAGAAAGGCCCUGAAACUCAGGAAGCAACUGAGUCGCAAGCACCUUCUGUUGAUCCCAUAAUUGAUCAAGGACCUGCAAAAAGAAUGAAAUUUUGAUAUAGAAAAAGAUAAACAGAAAUAGCUAUCAAUAUUCAGGUACAGGAGAAUUUGAUUAAUGUUUAUUCCUUCAGAUGGUUAACUUUGUGUUGUUCUUUGGUCUACAAAUGUUACUCUACUCUUGUCUUCACUAUGAAUGAAUGUGUAUAUAUAUAUUCUGUUAGGUUCUCUGUGAGAUGGUAUCUAAUUUUGAAUUUUCAUUCUAGUCAAUAUAUGGACUGAUGGUGUAAUCGAAAAUGAUCUCAAUUUUCAUUUGAAAUUUACUAUACACUGAACUUUGGUA